GUCAUGAGGACCUACUUUCUGUUUUUGCUGGUGCUCUUCCCAUCUGCUCUGCUGGGACAGAAUGAUAAUUAUCGCUACAAGAAAUUCAUCAACCAACAUGUCAAACAGGGUAUGAGCAGGACGCGCUGUGAUGCUGUGAUGGGUGACAGACGAAUAACUGAAACUAACAGCAAUGAGUGUAAGGAGACCAAUACAUUCAUAGAUGCUGGGACCAAUGAAAUCAACAGGGUGUGUAACAGAGCUGGAGCACCAUAUCAAAACAGCGCUCGGCUGAGAGUGAGCAACCAGCCUUUCCCUCUUGUGAUCUGCAGCCGGAGGAGAAACAAAUACUAUCCCCACUGUCAAUACAGGGGAAGCUCUACUACCAGGUACAUUGUUAUUGAAUGUGAGAACGGCUUCCCUGUGCACUUUGAGCGUGAUGUCUAUGUCGUCAAUAACGGAUAAAAUAAAUGAAAAUUAUAUUAAAUGUGAUAAAAACCAAGCAGCAACCAUAGCUGGCAUUUCUUUCAAUAAAAUUCAUUCUA